AUGCACCUGUCGAUGAAGGUGCUGCUGUCGACGGCGACGGUCAAGUGGCGGAGCCGGCGCCUCGAGCGGCGCCUGGCGAGCGACGAGGCGUCCCACGCCGAGGCGACGGCCAUCGUCGUGCCCGAGCCGCUCACGGCGCGCGCGCGGUGGCGCUUCGCCGUCCCCGUCGGCGCUUCGACGGCGCUCGAUAUCGCGUGCUCGAACCUCGCGCUCAUCUUCAUCACCGUGAGCUUCUACACGGUCGCCAAGUCGUCGACGCUGGCCUGGACCCUGGUCUGGGCCGUCGCGCUGCGGCUCGAGCCCUGCCGGCUCCGGACGUUGGUCCUGGUGUCGUUGAUCAUCCUCGGGCUCGUGCUCGCGACGGAGGGCGAGCGCAAGGGCUCCGCGGGCUUCUCCAUGCCCGGCUUCGCCCUCGUCACGGUGGCGUCGUGCCUCGGGGGCCUGCGGUGGUGCCUCACGCAGGCGCUCUUCGACCAGGACGAGGCGUGCGCCGAGGAUCCCGUGGUCGUGGUUUAUCACGUGAGCCCCGCGGGCGUCGCGACGCUGCUGCCCAUCGCGCUGGGGCUCGAGGCGCGGCACCUCUGGCACUGGGCGUCCCUCGUCGCGCCGGAGGCGUUGGGCCAGGCGUUCGUCGCGGCCGCGGCGGCCGGCGGCGUCGCGUACGCGAUGCUUCUCGCCGAGGUGCGGCUGCUCCACAGCACGUCGAGCCUGUCCCUGUCCGUCUUCGGCGCGCUCAAGGACGUGUCGCAGAUGGCCCUCGCGGCCUUCACCUUUGGGGACGAGCUGACGCCCCAGUCCAUCGCGGGGCUCGGCGUCGUCCUCGCGGCGUCGUUGGCCUACGCGCGCUUCCGCGAGCGGCUCAAGCCGAGCGACGAGGGCCGGCGGCGGCGGCAGCCCCGCUACCGGCGAGUCGGCGCCGCGUCCUACGACGCGGACAUCGACGGCAACGGCCUCGAGGACGACGACCUCAUGGACGACGACCUCAACGACAACACGCUCGAGCUCGUCGACAUCUAG